AUGCUCCUUAGAUUUGCAGGAUGGUUUAGUCUAGUAUCGGUUAUAAUUAUUGCGCUACUUGGCUUUGGACUUUAUGUAUCAUUACUAACAUUUUUCGUUUCAUUCCUAAUUGGGGUGUUGACUGUUCUGUAUUUAAAUUGUGAUAAAAGAUUCCUUAGUGCUGAUAUUGACUGCUUAGAUGAUCCACUACAACAAACAAAUUUUUCUAUACAAUCUCCAAAGAUUUUAGAACUAUUUAAAAAUGAAAAACCAUUGCCAAAGUUUGAUAAUAGAAUUACAGGCAGUGAAACUGUUGACUCAUUCUUAAAUGAAAUCAUAUCUAUAAUUAUUAAUGAUUAUGUGACACCUUGGUAUGAACUUAUAACGGAUGAUCAGGAAUUUACUUCUCAUGCUAUCAAAAAAGUUGUGGUUGCUGCGGGAGCGAAUGUAUCCAAUAGAGUAAAAAGUGUUGACUGGAUCCAUUUAUUAUCAGCAAGAUUUCCAGAGGAGCUAACAACACAUUUAAAAUUAUAUAAACAAUCUAGGGUUAGAUUGAAACACAUACAAUUAUUAAGUGCCAAAGAAGUAAACGGAACUUCUAAAUUAAGUCCUAAAAAACAAGAUGAGAAGAAAACUCACAGAAGAAAUAAAAGUGAAACUGACCUGACCUGGCCACCAGAUUCACAGACAUUUGGUAAAUCUAAAUUCUAUAGCAGCUCAGAAAACAUUACAGGCAACAAUUUAAAGGAUCUUUUUUUUGAUUUGGAAUGUUCAAUAGAAAAUAAAAAGAUAUGUCGUGAUAUUUACUGUUGUGAUCCUGAAAAAGAAAAUGCCUUACUUAAUGAAGUUUCAGAAGCAAUUUUAUAUUUAAUCGCAUCAGAAGAAGUGUGGAAGUGUCAUGCGUUGAAACUUAUUCUAAUAGACUUACUGUCGGCUGUAGUGUUGAGACCAAUUAUAAAUCUGUUAAGCGAUCCAGAUAACAUAAAUAGGACUAUCAUUAGAUCUUGCUGUAGGGACUCGUGCCUGUCAUCCGAAUUAUUUCUAUUAGUAAUACGCGCCUGUAGCGAUGCGGAAGAGUUAGAUGCGACGCUUGAACUUGUGCAGAAAGAUAUCCAAAAAUUGCAUUCAAAAGAUAGUGCGGGGGAGUGGGAACUGCAAGAUCGACAAAAGCUAUCCUCAUUGCAAUACGUUUCUAGGAUAAUUCAAGCGAGAAGAGCCACUCUCGGACCACAAGAAGGUGCCACAAAUAAUACAGCGACAGAAAAAGUAUCUGAAGAAGUUUUAAGAACCUUAAAGUUUAUAAGAGCUGUUGCUGCUUGGAAAUCUAAUGCGCAGUAUUUGCUCGAGAUUGAGUUAAAUGAAACAGACGCCCCCCAAACUUCAAAAGCAGUGAUCGACAACCUCCGGUCCUCCGCCCUGGAGUUAUGCGACACGUACUUAGCUCCCAGUCGGCUCGCGGUUCUCGGUGUGCCAGAGAACUGUCACGCUGAACUUGUAAGGAAGAUAACAACGGAAGGAGAGGAGUUCUGUAACAACCCCGUCGCCUGCUUCGACGAUGUUCAGAAGUGCGUGUGCGAUGCGUUAGAGGACGAUCCGUCAUGGCAAGCUGAUUUCAUGAUGGAUAAUGAAAAAGAUAUUGCUGAUAAAAUCAACAGCGAAUUCAACCGAGACGUCAAAAUCGAUAACCCUAAAUAUAGCGAAAAAUGCAAGAGAAUAAUGAAGACAUGUCUGAGCCAGUUGCCAAAAUUAUUUAACAAAACGAAGUAUAAACAUAAUUUGUCCAACAAAUCGUCCACUUUCCCCCGAACUUUGUCUCGGCGAGUCCAAACGAACAGGAAUCAUACGAUACCCAAAUGCAACUGUGAGGUAGUGACGCCGGUCACUUCUAGGCAUAAUCGAUCACGAUCAGAUAUUGUAGGUAGUUUCGCACAAAAAAUGGUUCAUGAAAAUGCGGGUCCAUCUAAUCUAAAAUCGGCGAAUACAAGUAAUCUAUCGUUAUCCCAUUCGGCAAUAAGUCAAAGUGCUAAGAACAUGAUGUCUCCGCUGUCGGCAUAUAUUAUAGAAACAGCUCUCGUGCAAGAUAAAGGUAGAACUUUCGGUAUUUAUGCGAUAGCUGUGACUAGAGCGUCUGAUAACGAAGUAUGGCAUAUAUAUAGACGGUAUAGUGAUUUUUACGAUCUUCACUCGUCUAUAAAGGAAAAGUGGCCGGAACUAGGACAUUUACCGUUUCCAGCGAAGAAAACCUUCCAGAACACGUCUCGUAGCGUGUUAGAGAAUAGGAAGAGAAUGCUAAACAACUAUCUUCAAAGCCUCACGAGUAUCUCCCGCGAUGCUAGAUACUUAGCACUCCUGUCGCCCCAGUACCUGGGCGGCUUCCUCAGUCCGGAGAUACAGACGGAAAGACACGGUAAUUCGAUCGAUGCUCUUCUCGUUAAUUCAAUAAAGGCUGGUAUGAGAACUUUGAAAAGCAUGCCAGAUCAAUUUGCCAAUACUGUGGAUGGAGUUAUGGAUGGGAUUUCAAAAGUUUUUCAAGGAAAAAGCAGUGAGAGUUACGAAAAUAUCAAGUCUGGAAACUCUUCGGACGUACAAGAUGACGGUGACGAGAGUGUGCCAUUAAGGCUGUUAGAAGAAGUGUUGGGAAUAAGAGGUCUUUGGUUGAGACGGCGUCUUUUGGCGCCGCUUAGGACUAUGAUCGCGGAUAGAGUAAAUAAAAAACUGUUAGAAUUUGUUUCAUCCUUGACAUCUCCGAGGAACGUGGUCCAGUAUUUAAAAACUUUUAAACAAUGGCUGACAAAUCGGAAUAAUCCAAGUGCAGUGCCAAGAGACGCCGCUACGAGGGCUAGGACGAGGGUCGCAGCAAAAGUUGCCUUAUUAUCUGCUGCUUCUGAUGACCUCAGACACAUAGUGGGCACGGACGCGGCCCGCAGAGGUCUGCUCACUGUCUUCGAUUUGUUCCAAACGCAGGAAAUAAAUAGGCGACUACUCUUUGUAUUACUUGAAGUGACUCUUUGUAAUUUAUUUCCGGACAAUAACAUACAGGAUAUGUUCAAAAAGUUGUAUUCGCAUUCGCCUCGAGUGAACGUCGUCAAGAAAUCUGUUAAUGCA